AUGCAGUCCCAGAAUAGCUUUGAUUGCAAGUUUGAUUACUUCGACAUCUCGGCCGGUGGCCCUACUCCCAAAAUAGUCGCUUUGACAGUUACCAUCAUCGUUCUAACCCUCUCUAUCGAAGCCGCUGUACACUCAGAUGUAAAUCCGACAUCAAAGAAAAAGGGAAAGACGCGAUCUUCACAAGAUGAGCUGGCAAGGUCAGAAUCCACUGCAUCCGAUGCAUCUCUGUCCAACGAGGAAAGUACUGUAACCAACGCUACGGCAAAAGGCAAAAACUUGCGAUGGUGCAACUCAAAUCCGUCGCCAACCAUCCGCGCAAACCGCCUUAUCCUCGCAACAACCCUCAUCUUACCACUUUGCGUCGCCUUCGGCUUCCGCAUCGCAGCGGCAGCACCUCCGGACGUUCGCUACGAGUGCAGAGAAGUCCUGAAAUCCUCUCUGCAACCCGUCUGGGGUGCCAUAAUACCCCUCAACAUCAUCCCCUUCAUUAUCGCGUCAGUCGCAUGGAUACGCGCAUUCGUCGACUGCCUGCUCAUUCGCCGGGGAAAGACGCUCCAAUACCCCAAUAACAUCAAGGGAAGUGGUAUCGGCUGGCCUCCAUUCGCCCCGAUCCUGGUGCCGCUUAUGGGUAUCUGGGGAUUGGUGAAGAAGGGUGCGGUUUGGAUGAUGGGGUCGUCCAAUCUGGCAGAGAGUGCGACCGGGGAUAUUGAGUUGGGUGGGGAGGAGCGUGUCGGAUUAGUCGAUGAUUUUGACGAAGCAGUGGCCGACGAAGGGGAGGAGCCGCCUGCUUAUGAAGCGCAUUUGCGCAAAUACGAGACUGGAAGUGAGGCCUCGAUGUAA